AUGCCGGAUCCCAAGGACACAACAAAGAGUAUCAAACUUCUGCGUUUCUGGAAAGAAGGGUUAGGUGUCGUGAAGAAGAUUAACAUUUUGUCUUUCAUAUUAUUCCCAUUGGUUUAUACCGGAUAUGCACUUUUAGUCAAGUUUGAGUUUGACUUUCGAAUGGCACAGAGUGAUAGUAUGAUAAACAAAACUCACACUGAAUUUAUCAGUGAUACAAUGGAAGCAGCAACAGAGGAAGUCAAUAGAGAGUACUAUCUCGCAGAAUUCAUAAUGCUACAAGUCUGUUUUCUCUUCAAUUCUCUCGCAAUCUACUUGAAUGAUAUCUUUUUGCUGAUUACUUUGGAACAUUCAGUGUUGGAGAAGAUGGGAGACCAGUUGUUUUAA